UGAGUGUCAGACGCUGGGAGCGACACUCACUCGCGGAUCGGGACCGCUUGAUGCGUGCCACAAACAACAAAAGGAGCCUCAUGAGCUGAGCACAGAUGCAGCGGGUGCAUGUGCUCCAGAGUGAGAGGUGCUACACGUGUUUUUAUUGGCGAACCCGGGUUUGAAGUUGGCGCUGGAGUUGGAGACUGUACCGUGAGGAGGGAGGGAGGUCAGCGUUGGUUUUUGCUCUCCCUUCAAGGGCUGAGAAUCCGCCGAUGAACAGGAACACCGGCGCUCACAGGCAGACGGGCUACGGACAAGGAGGGACAAGGAGGCACAAGGGCCCGUCAUGUCUCAGUCCCAGAGGUUUUUGGUCACCACUGUUCGCAGCCAGAUAGACGGGCAUGUAAUUGAUGAGAUGCAGAAUAAGGACAGUAACGGCACCAGUGCUACACAGGAGGAAAGCUCAGUGCCCAUACUCGAGUACCUCAGGGAGCCAAAUAGAUACGGAGAUGGAGUUCCGAAGGAAAGCAGUCCUUUUAUCAACAGCACCGACAUUGACAAAGGAAUCCUGUACGAAGGGAAAAACCUGGCACUUUUUGAGGAGGAAAUGGAUAGGAAUCCAAUGGUCUCCUCCCUGCUUAACAGAUUGGCGAACUAUACCAAUCUCACUCAGGGAGUCAGGGAACACGAGGAGGCGGAAAACAACGAGGAGCCGAAAAAGAAGGAAAUUAAGGGUCCUCGAAUGGGUACUUUCAUAGGGGUCUACCUGCCAUGUCUACAGAACAUUCUGGGAGUUAUCUUGUUCCUGCGCUUGACGUGGAUUGUGGGAGCUGCAGGAAUCUUUGGAUCUUUCUGGAUUGUCUUCAUGUGCUGUGCUUGUACCUCGCUAACUGCAAUAUCGAUGAGUGCGAUAGCAACCAAUGGUGUGGUGCCAGCUGGAGGCUCCUACUACAUGAUUUCAAGGUCCUUGGGUCCGGAGUUUGGAGGGGCUGUGGGCCUGUGCUUUUAUCUGGGAACAACAUUUGCUGGAGCCAUGUACAUCCUGGGGACAAUUGAGAUUCUGUUGACCUACAUUGUUCCAAGUGCAGCUAUAUUCAAAUCAGAAGAUCCCAACAAAGAAUCCCAGGCCAUGCUGAAUAACAUGAGGUUGUAUGGCACGUGUACAAUCGCUCUGAUGGCCACUGUGGUAUUUGUAGGAGUCAAGUACGUCAACAAACUGGCUCUUGUUUUCCUGGCCUGCGUCAUCCUUUCCAUCUUCUCUAUCUAUGCAGGGGUCAUCAAAAGUGGCUUCAGUCCGCCAGACUUUCCCCUAUGCCUGCUUGGAAACAGAACAUUAGCCUGGAAAGGCUUUGACAAGUGCGCUAAGAUUAUAAUUGAAGGGAACCAGACAGUGACGUCUCAACUCUGGAAAGUUUUCUGUCAGGAGUCCUCUUUCAAUGCUACUUGUAAUGAAUACUUUGAACUCAACAAUGUCACGCAGGUCCAAGGGAUACCUGGGAUUGCCAGCAAAGUAAUAUUUGACAAUAUAUGGAGUAAUUAUGGAACCCAAGGAGAAAUGUUGGAAAUACGUGGACUGCCAUCUAUUCCUGCUUCGGAUCCUGAAACGACUGUGGGACUGCCAUAUGUGUUCAGUGACAUUGCGACCUACUUCACCAUGCUGGUUGGCAUCUAUUUCCCCUCCGUUACAGGCAUCAUGGCAGGUUCAAACAGAUCUGGAGACUUAAAAGAUGCCCAGAAAUCCAUCCCCACUGGAACAUUAUUAGCAAUUAUUACAACUUCUUUCAUUUACUUGUCGUGCAUUAUCCUGUUUGGUGCUUGCAUUGAAGGUGUCCUCUUGAGGGACAAGUUUGGCGAGUCUGUGAAUGGCAAUCUUGUCAUUGGGAUUCUAGCUUGGCCUUCCCCCUGGGUCAUUGUGAUCGGUUCUUUCUUUUCAACAUGUGGUGCCGGCCUUCAAAGCCUCACUGGGGCUCCUCGGCUAAUGCAGGCCAUUGCCAGGGAUGGGAUAGUCCCUUUCUUACGGGUCUUUGGCCAUGGUAAAGCAAAUGGUGAACCAACAUGGGCCCUCCUGCUUACAGCUGGUAUUUGCGAGAUUGGAAUUUUAAUUGCUUCGCUUGACAGUGUUGCUCCUAUUCUUUCCAUGUUCUUCUUGAUGUGCUACAUGUUUGUGAACCUGGCAUGUGCUCUACAAACACUCUUGAGGACUCCAAAUUGGAGACCGCGCUUCAAGUAUUAUCACUGGACCUUGUCUUUCCUGGGUAUGAGCUUGUGUCUUGCCUUGAUGUUCAUCUGCUCUUGGUACUAUGCACUGGUCGCAAUGGUGAUAGCAGGAUGCAUCUACAAGUACAUUGAAUAUCGAGGAGCUGAGAAAGAAUGGGGUGAUGGGAUCAGAGGCCUGUCUCUAAAUGCAGCUCGAUAUGCUUUGCUCCGAUUGGAAGAUGGCCCAACUCACACAAAGAACUGGAGACCCCAACUGUUGAUUUUGCUGAACCUUGACCCAGAGCAGAAUGUAAAACACCCUCGCCUGCUGUCACUCACCACACAACUCAAGGCUGGCAAAGGGUUGACCAUUGUUGGCUCAGUAUUGGAAGGUAUAUUCCUGGAGAGACACUCGGAUGUGCAGAAUGCUGAGCAGAAUAUUAAAGCUUUGAUGGCAACGGAGAAGACUAAAGGUUUCUGCCAUGUGGUGGUGUCAUCCAAUCGGCGAGAUGGGGUCUCCCACUUGAUCCAGUCCUCUGGACUCGGAGGAAUGAAACACAACACUGUGCUGGCGGCAUGGCCAGAAUUAUGGAGACAAUCAGAUGGCCCAGCUGGCUGGAAGGGAUUUGUAGACAUGGUACGUGAAACAACAGCCGCUCACCAAGCGCUGCUGGUGACCAAGAACAUAGAUAACUUUCCGACAAAUCAGGAGCGUUUCGCUGGAGGCACCAUCGAUGUCUGGUGGAUUGUACAUGAUGGGGGAUUGCUGAUGUUGCUGCCGUUCCUUCUCAGCCAACACAAGGUUUGGAGAAAGUGCAAGAUGCGCAUCUUCACUGUUGCCCAGAUAGAUGACAACAGCAUCCAGAUGAAGAAAGACCUGCAACUGUUCCUCUACCAGCUCCGUCUUGAUGCUGAGGUUGAGGUGGUUGAAUUGCUCGACAAUGAUAUUUCAGCCUUCACAUAUGAACGGACCCUGGUGAUGGAGCAGAGAUCCCAGAUGCUGAAACAGAUGCAACUCUCUAGGAAUGAGAGGGAACGUGAGAUUCAGGGCAUUACUGAUGAGUCUCGUGGUGCUACGAUAAGGAAGAAUUCGGCUCGGCCAUCUUUGGAAUUCCAGGCCAUGGAUCUUGAAGAUGUUCCUAAAGAAGAGGCCCAGCUGAUACAUGACAAGAAUGCAGCAGCUCACUCCUCUGCGACUGACAGGCUUGCAGUUCCUUCAGAAAGAGUGCACAUGACCUGGACUAAAGAGAAAAUCAUAGCAGAAAAGAACAAAAAUAAAGAGCCUCUAGCAUCAGAAGGUGUGAGAGAUAUUUUUAACAUGAAACCAGAAUGGGGAAAUCUGAAUCAGUCCAAUGUUAGGCGGAUGCAUACUGCAGUGAAACUCAACGAGGUGGUUGUUAACAGAUCCCAGGAUGCCAGACUUGUGUUACUGAACAUGCCCGGCCCCCCUAAAAACAGACAAGGGGAUGAAAACUAUAUGGAGUUCCUGGAGGUGCUGACGGAGGGCUUGAACAGAGCGCUGAUGGUGCGGGGUGGAGGCAGUGAGGUGAUCACCAUUUACUCCUAGACCUACAACCCAACAGCUUGGCUCGAAGCAAAUUUACCGAAUGGUGCCAACAAAUUUCAUCAGUGACAUGGGGGACGGGGAGCUUUUGUAUUUCAUCUGCUGCUGGUAUUUUUGGUAAUGACAGAAGACAAGAGCAUCCUGACAGUGAAGAGACUCCACUGGUGUUCUUUCCCACGAUUCCAGCCGACUGGAGUCAUUGCUGCACUUUCCUUAAUGAAAGCAAAAAACUUGUAUUUCAAAGCUUGUUUUAUGUUUUCAUUUCACUCUCUGAACAGUUCUUUAUAAACUCUGUAAUCUAAAUGUGUACCUCUGUCGAUAGUGCUGGUAGGUUAAAUGGUGCAGUUAGAGAACGGUUAUAUCUCUGCUUUCUGCAGAUCUAGACUGGUCAAAACAGAAUGGUUGGUGCCAGUGAGAUGGACUUU